UUCAGUCCAAAGUGUUUGAUCGCAAGUAUUUUUUUGAGUUCACAUUAUAGUGGUACCUUUGGCCGUAUAUUUUGGUGCACGAGGCUUUGAAUGUAUCUGUUUGAUUUUUGUUUUGGAGGGAGACUGGAUGCAAAAUUGUUUGGGAGGGUGACGUAGGCUACGUACACUGUACAUGUAAACUGAAGGAGCGUACGCUUUACGCGGCACGGCCCAUUGUAUGUCAUCGGUAUGGUAUUCUUGGCACGACUAGUUUUAGGAUCACACGAUCAGGAAAACCUAUCCGUCAUGUCUGUAUGCACGGAGCAGUGAUAAUGGAAAGAAUUCCAUAUACGAAGUUCACUUUUUAGGAGAAAUUUUUGCUCCAGGACAGAUUUAAAAAGGGGCGACAUUUAUUUUUGGGGGAUAGAGAUGUGAAAGGGGGUUCAGUAACUUAGGGGGACAGAUUUAAAAAGAAGGGGCCCCACGCAAUAAAACGGCAAAAAAGUGAGUCCUUUUGCCGUUCUUUUUUUCCCUUCGUAUAUGGAAUUCUUCCCGUGUUAUUUGGCCGAGGGAAACGACAUGACAGUGCAUGACAAUCGGCUGCUCCGUGGACUCUACCUUACUAAGGUCCUUAGAGGAAGUGUCAAUGACUUUUGACCAAUCCUUGGCUCAAGCUUUAGCUUACUUUUACAUGGGACAUUCCUAUUAUGAGAGAGACUGUCCUUCAACUAAGAGAAACGAAACGGAGAUUUGUGAUUGAGCAUUGAACAGAGGAAGAACAAGGUUCUAAACUGCUGUGAUCGAUUUGGAAGAAACUGUCAAAUUAACCCCCAAAUCUGAGAAUGUUGCGGGUACAAAACAUGGACGAUAUAGAUGAUCCGAUGGCGAGAGCAUCCCCAUUGCAGAAUGGGUUUGACACAGGGCCCAACGUGGGGAGGGGCCGCGGAGGGAUAUCUCAGCCAGUGGGCGCAUUUGACAUGUCCAUGGAUGACGACUUUAUGGAUCCAAUUAGCGGGAGUAUAGAGGCGCCUGUUGGCAGCAGGAGUGUCCAGCCUCAGAUGCGGUCGUCACCGGGGAUGCCCCACCAGCAGGAGCAGAGACUGCCGCCCGGUCCACAGUACGGCCAACAACACAGCCAGACACUGCCACCUUCAUCAGCUGGCUAUUACAAUCCGCCAAGUGAACCUACAUAUGAAUGGCAUCGUGGAAAUGUCCAGCUUGAAAAGAGGCCAAACUGUGGUUUUGGUCUGGCCGUCAUUGGCGGCAUCGACAAACCCACAGCAACUGGAGAAACCUCCAUCAUAGUGUCGGACAUCCUGCCCAAUGGCCCUGCCGAUGGCAAACUAAAGAAAAAUGACAGAGUACUGAGGGUCAAUGGAAUCAACAUGGAGAACGUGGACCAUGGUGUGGCAGUGGGAGCAUUACGGAGUGCUGGCAGCUAUGUGGACAUUGACUUUCGACGGAGGGUGCAGACCUUCCAGCCCAUUUCCAAAGCACAGACCCUGCCAGCCUACGCCCAGCCCAGCUUCACCCAGCCGGACUACGGCACGCCGGGCGGCCAGUCGGCCGCCUCCACCAGCCAGUCCUACUACACGCCCCCAACCACCCACCGCUCCCGAUCCCAGCCGCCGGGCCCACGUUCGGGCUCGCAGCUCUCCCUGACGUCCUCGCAGAAUGGCCGCGCCCGGGAGACGGUGGUCCUGAGCAAGACCCGCAACGAGGGCUUUGGCAUGCAGCUGGGAUGGAAGUUGUAUGUGCAGGGGCUGAGCGAGUACGGAGUGGCAUCCAACCAGGGGCUGCACAAAGGGGACACCAUCGUGAAGAUAAAUAACUACCCGGUGGAAACCCUGAGUUUGGCCGACGCCAAGCGCAUCAUCCAGACCUCCGGAAACACACUGAACCUGGAGAUCAUCCGGGAGCCCCAGACCCCGACCUUCUCCACGCCCAACUACAUCUCACGCAGUUCGGAUCGCCUGGACCGCCUGUCCAUCGGCCAGGGUGGCGAGGGGGGAGGCUACAUCCAGCAGCAGCAGCAGCAGGUCCAACAGAGUCAGCCCCAGCAGCAACAGGAAGGGUGGGAGCUGCCGCCCAUGCUCCGGAAUGAGGCACCCAGCUACGACCAGGAUGAUGGUGACCCCUUGGGAGGUGCCCUGCCCCCACGACCGCCUCUCCCAGCUGCGGAGCGUCGAGGAGAGAAAUUUGAGCUGCCACCACCCAGGCCCCCAAGCCCGGGCAAGCAGGAAUUCAUGGGCAUAUCAGAUGAGGUGGUGGAAGGGGAGGACCGGCUGAUCUCCUUCCGUAAGGGGAAGAGCGUGGGGCUCCAGAUCAUUGGCGGCAACGACUCUGGCGUGUACGUUGCACGCAUUCAGCCCAACAGCAAUGCCUCUAUGGCCACCGGUCCUAACGGGGACAGGAUUCGCGUCGGUGACCGCAUUGUGGAUGUGAAUGGAAUCAACCUCUUGGGCAAAACCAAAGAGGAGGUGAUUCUACUUCUGCUUGGUGUCCAUGGCGAUGUGCACCUUGUUCUCCGAAUGAGCUCAGCUUACAAGCACGUGCUGCACGGAGGCAUCGGGGAUCGGUUCUUCGUCCGUGUCCACUUCAACUACACCCCGCUGUCCCCUGGCGAGAUGGGCUUCACCAAGGGGAACGUUUUCCGUGUGCUGGACACCAUGCCGGAGGGGGUGGUGGGCCAGUGGUAUGUGCUGCGGCUUGACCGUACCAAUGUGGCCCUGGAGAGAGGGAUCAUUCCCAACGAGAGCAGAGCUAGCCAGUUAAAUGCCGCUGCUAAGGUUGAGGAAGCCAACGCCCUGAAGCCGGCCACCUACGAGGGCCGUAAGGCCAAGUUUAAGCGGCUGGGCAUGCGGGCCAGCAUGCGAACCAAGACCCUCAUCAAGGACGAGUGGGACGAGAUCAUCUUUGGUGGCAGUGUGUUGAAGUUCCCUGGUUACGAGCGUGUAAUCUUGAGAGAAGUUGGUUUCACUCGUCCUGUGGUUAUCUUUGGAGCUGUCGCUGAUCUGGUCCGGGACAGAUUGCUGCAAGAAAUGCCUGAUAAAUUUGAGUCUCCUCUGAUGAGCCACACUCUGGACAGCAAGCCAGGUGAACCUAUGCACAUGAACCCCCAGCGGUCCAUAAAGCUGCAUGCUAUCAAAGACAUCAUGGACAAGGGCAAGCACUGUUUGCUGGACAUCACCCCGAAUGCCGUGGAGCAGCUGAACUACGCCCAGUGCUACCCCAUCGUCAUCUUCCUCAAUGCCGAGAGCCGCGCCCAUGUCAAGGAGAUUCGAGGCCAGUUCAUCGGAGAGGGCCGGGAGAACAAGGGUUCACGCAAGUACUACCAGACCGCCAAGAAGAUGCGGAAACACUACUCCCAUGUAUUCACAGCCAUGAUUCCAGUCAAUCCGGAUAGUAUGUGGUACAGCCAGAUCAAGGAGGCAGUUCACAUCCAACAGAACCGUAAAAUCUGGGUGUCUGAGGCCAAGCUUGGCGAGGACCUCGAUGUGGACACUACACUGAAUGUGAUUGGUCAGUUGACGCUGCCUCCAGACUACGAGAGUGAUGCCGAGUCAGUCCUCACCAGUGACUCACGGUCCAUGUUUAAUGACAGCACGGUGGAGUCCGAUAUUGAGCCAGUGUCACCAACUGACACCGCCAAGGACGACAGUUUCAACUUCACAGAAGAAGCCUUCGAGAAGAAAGAGGAAUUACCAGUGUCAGCUGUUGUUCCUCCUGAACCACGCUACUCCUCAGAUGAAGAAAUCGAAAAGCCGGUCAUCCGCAGCAGCCGGCCUCGCCACAAGAAGAGAUCAGACAAGCAGCGCUCAGAGCCCAGACCUCCCAGCAAGGAACGCGGGCUCCUAGGCCGGUUCCCGUCCCUCAGCCGCUCUGAGUCCCGCGGCCGCCACUCGGAGAUCGAGGACCUGGACGACGAGGACCUGGACGACAGCACCAAUGCCAACAAGUACAACGUAGACUCCCGCAAGCGGUAUGCGGACCGCCUGGAGGCGGCCUUCACCCCAACCGAACGCCCCUCCCGACGUGAGCACAUGAAGCGGCGGGAGGUGCUGGAGAAGGAGAAGCUGGCCAAGGAGGAGGAGGCUGUCAAGCGUGCAGAGAGGAUCAACGCUGCGGCCUCUCAGCCGGGCACCCACUCUGCUCCCCCUCCCGAGUCGGUCACCCCUGCCCCACCCCAGCAGGUCACCCGUGCUACCCCGUCCCUGCCAGGUGCUGUCAAACUCCCCCAGCUGGACCAGCCCCAAACAAGAGGCCAGCGCCCUGUGCCAGCACCAAAGCCGACCCUCAGCCGGCCCACCACAGUCCCUCCUGCAGCACCAGACAGCAAACCUCAGCUCAAGCCCAGAGAACCCCCCAAAGAGACCACAUUUGGGCUGAAAGAGACUACGUUUGGAGUGGACGAUGUGAUCGAGACCAGCCCCGCAGUGACUCCCAGCAUCAAGGAGACCACGUUUGAUGGCCCACAAGGGCUCCAGUGGGCCGUGGAAUUUGAUGCGCCUAACCUGAUGGAGGAGCCCCAUCUCUUGGAGGCGCCCCCCAUCCCUCCCAAGCCAGCCAUAACUGAGCCGGUCUACGCCUCAGUGAAAAAGGAUCGCCCCCAGCGUAGCUCAGACACCUCGGAGCCCUCCACUAGUAGCCUGGACCCCCCUCAGAGAUACGAACCUCCACGAAGUCCGGACUCCACCGAGACUGGAGACUGGAAGAGGCCAGAGCCCCCUCAGCCAAUUAAUGGACUGUCAUCCUUGGACGAGCCACCGAAGUCUUGGCGCGUUGAGCCAGAGAUUGAACAGCGCCCCCUGGAGAUCCAAGAAAGUGCCCCGCCUACUUGGAAGGUGGAAUCACCCUAUGAGCUGGUGGACGAGAGCCGAGACCGGCCCCGGUAUGACGAGAGGCCCCAGUAUGACGAGAGGCCUCAAUAUGAUGAGAGACGCCAGCAGGAGAAGCCCCAGUUUGAGGAAAAGGUCCAGUUUGAGGAAAGGCCCCAGUUUGAGGAGAGGCCCCAGUUUGAGGAGAGGCCACAGAUCACCCAGCCAGAGCCCAAGAUGGUCAGCGUCCGCUCCACUUUCGUGGAGACAUCUGUGCAGCGCGUUGACCGCCUCGAGGACUGGGACCGCCCUGCCCUGGGCAGGGAUUCGCCCUCUAUCACGGCCCAGGCACAGAGCAUGGACUACUCAGAGCCACCCUCCACUACCGACUACCGCAAACAGAUGCAGAGCGCCUUCAGCAAGCUGCAGAAGGUCCGGGAGAGCCCCCGCCCCUGGGAGCGUGAGCGACCCAUUGGGAGGAGCAGCCCCAGUGUUGAAGCCAGCAUCCAGCCCAACCAACAGGAAUACCAGCAGGCGGCCCCAAGCCGCGAGCCCCCCAAUGGCCUGUCGGACUCGGCCCCAUCUUCAGACGCAGACAAGUAUGGCCAUAUCCCCGAUGGGAAGCCAGCGGACCCGGAACCCAAGAAGCCGCCGUAUGACCGCCAGUCCUACAAAGAGUACCGUGAGGCCUUCUUUAAGAGGUCCAAGUCCCCAGGCAGGCAGUAUCAAGAUAACCUCUAUGCUCCCAAGGGAUGGGCCAGCAGGAAGAAAGAGAAGAACAACAACCCAGCCUCAUUCUGGUCAAUUCCUAUUAGUGAGGAGAGCCUGAAGGCCGACGAGGGGCAUGAAGUCUUGGACACUGCCCGGGGCUUCUUUGACCACAACAGCGGCGUCCUGUCAUCAGUCAGCACAGGCGUCAGCAUCGUCAUCCCCAAGGGGGCAUUACCGGAGGGCGUCCGGCAAGAGAUCUUCUUCAAGGUGUGCCGUGACACCAACAUGCUGCCGCCGCUGGACAAGGAUAAAGGUGAGGACCUUCGCCCUGUUACUACAGAUAAACCUCAUGGUAUUGAGGCUGCCAUCUAUUUAGGCGAGACCCUCUUGAGUCCUGUGGUCAUCUGCAAGCCCCACGGCCUGAAGUUCCUCAACCCUGUUGAGCUGCGACUGCCCCACUGUGCUUCCAUGACGCCUGACGGCUGGUCCUUCAAUCUCAAGUCCAGCGACGCCGGCUCUGGAAAUGUCCCAACCCAGUGGGAGAACAUGGUCAUACCGGGCAACGAAGAGAGCAAAUGCCAGGUCAAUGCUAACAGCGUCUCUAUCUUAGUGGAUCACUUCUAGACUUGUUAGUUCAUAUCUCCAAUGCAGUCCCAGCAAAGUGUUCAGAACAAUUUUUUGGUUGUCACCUAAAAAAAAAAAAAGACAACUAAGGAGUGAUAUAUGGGUAGUGGUAAACUGGUUUUGGUCAUACAUGCAGUGUUUACAUUCAUGAUUCAACAUUCCUGCCAACGUAUCCCAGGUUCAUUUUCAUGUGCAUCCAUCAAGGAGUUGUAUUUGCGCAUGUUUGGCCUGCAUGCUUCACUUACGCUCAUGGGUGAACUAGGUGUUUAUUCCUGUAGAAAAUGGGUUCACCCAACUCCAGUGUAGACCUUGUUUGGUUUGAUGUAAGCUUCUUUGAUACAGCACAAGAACUGCACAGCCUAAUCAAAUUAGGUAGGCCAAGUUGGAGGCACAUUUCACUUGUCUAUAUGCACUGUUCUGGUGGUCAUUGGUUUGUACAUGCCAAGUUAGUUGGUACCUAAGAUGGGUGGAUGCUUAGUUUUACAGUGAUAAUGCAUUGAGGGCACUCGGUUUCAGCCAUGCCCUGCAGUUUUAGCAUUUAGUCGUAUGCUGCAUACCAAAGAAGUGCCCCAACACUGCUGGUAAUGUUUGGUAAUUUCACCACAGGGGAUACCAUUGUUGCUACGCAACUCCAGCUUGCCGUGGGUGGUUAGAUGCCAGCUCAGCAAGACAUAGAUAUUCACAUUCAAAAUGUUUGCAAGUGUUUAGAUAGCAAGUUAAGACAGAGAAUGAAUUCUGAACCAGGUGUUUGUUUUUCUAAAAUAAUUUUUUUUUAAAUUUAAAGAAGAUGAAAUUGACCUCGCGAAGGCUUUGAAUUUGAAAGUUUAUCACUUGGGACCAAGUCGGCAAUAGAACGUGACUGAAAACCGCCAUGUUACAUUGACCUUUUCCCUUCCAAUUCUCUGCUCUGUUCUAAUCUCUUUGUUUGACCCUAGUUAUGACUGUUUGUUCAAGUAUCAUUUGUAUAUAUAAGUGUAGAUCUAAAUCUGGGAAGUACAGUGCACUAAGUUCCAUUCCUCAUUUUUUAAAUCAUUCCUAAACCAUUCAGUGAUCUGAAUUUAAAGAAAUGCAUGGGACGUACCAAUACACAAAUUCAUCAUAACAGCAUUGAGAUGUUAUAGGUGGCUGAAAAGUCCAGUAGUCUAUCAGUGUGGAAAAAAAGCCAAUGAAACAAUGUCAAAAUAAGCUCCAGUAAUCCCAUUUUAUUUCCCCCAACAAAUUGUGAACCAGCCUGUUACAAUUAAGUUUGUAAUGCUUAUGUUAAAACAGUAGGUUUUGUUAUUCACAAAGUAAUGUAUUCAUUUCAAGGCACACGCAUUCCAUCAUGCAGUGUUUUGUCCGUGUAGUGUCCUAAGGUACUUUGUAUUAAAUGCCAAAGCAGUCAGUAUAAUGUAGUGUCUGUAUAUUAAUGAGUGGCAGAUAUCCCUGAAGGUAGCGUUAAGUUUUACAUUUGAUAUUCAUUGUGGAAAUAAGGUUUUUUGUUCUUUUUUUGUUUUGGUUUUAUUUUAUUUUUAUACAUUUGAUGCAUGUAUAUAAUCCUUGUAGCUGUAGAAUUUCCGUGGAAAGUGAUUGGUUGGAAAAGAAAUUAAUGAUAUAGUGUGUAACUAACGUUAAUUGGAUGACUUUUGUAUGAUAUUCUAACAUCUAGGUGGACACUUUCGACACUGAAAAAUCUAUUUUGUUAACAAGCGAUAUAAGUGUGAAAAUUUUUUAUACAUGUUUUAAGGACAUUGGGGGAUUUAUUUUUAAAUGGAUUUUUUUUAGCUGCGGUUGCUCAGUCUCAUAUAUUGGUAGUCCGCUUGUCUCCAGUUUGUAUUAUGUUGUAGCAGGUUUAUGUAUAUGUAGAAUACACAAGAAACAGAGCAAAGACUAGAUGUACUAGACACAACUAUCCAGCAGCACAUCUUGUAUAGUACUUGCCGUGGUUGGCCAAAUAUUGCACACACAUAGAACAGGAUGAGCAAGUUUGCACAAGAACUGUACUUUGACUUGGUCGGACUUGUCUUAACCAACCAUUGUCGAUCUGCCGUCGAUGGGGGGACCAGUCUAGUGGGAAGUGUGUUUGUAGAAUCUGCCCUCUCCAGACUUUGCAACAUCUUAAUCAAAUGACAGGUUGAGUUUAAAUGAAAUAUUACUGAAGCAUGAGAGUUUUCAUUUUUACUGUCCAGGUGCCGACCAGGAAAGAGUUGUUUUCAAGCUAGCUCCAUAUGUUAAUGUUCUUUAACAUUGUCACUAAUGUCCAAUACCUUUGCAGUCCUAGCAAGUUUCCUUGAGAGGGCAUUAUGAUUGUUAAAAUCCCAUUUGGGGAAGUGGAGAUAAGUUUUUGCAGGAGUUUUUGUGUCCGUUCACUUUUUAAGUGGGAUUUUUAAGUGUGUGUCUUACAUUUUCUCUGAACAUUUUUAGGCAUUCCCCUGUAUAAUUUUGGCCCACCAUCUUUCAUUAUCAGGAUGUGUCUGAAAUGGACAUUGUUUGCCAUGUGUGGCUUGCUGACAGUCAAAACAAGAUACCGAGUCACUGUCUGAUGUCAACGGUGGCAGACAGCAAGGGCUUGUGGUAAAUGCAAUGUCGAGUAUAAAGGGAGGUAAUGCCAUGGAAAAACAGAUGAACAAGUGCAUCCCAAAUCACAGUAGUGCCUUGUAGAGAUUAUUCAGUUUUAUCCCCCCCCCUUUUAAGGUUAGAAAAGGGUCCCAUUGGUGUCAUUUGAAGGUUUCGUGGGGACUUCGAGUAUAACAUACAUAGCUGAAUAAUAGCCGUGCCCGAAAUGGGAUUCACAAGAGCUACAGCUAGGCCUGUUGUUAGCGCGUCUCCGCAUAUUCUCAAUGGAGUGAAGACCUAGAUCUAGCUCUAGACAACAGACUUGGAUGCAGCCCAUGACUAGCAUUUCAGAAUGUGGAUAUUCAAAUGAUAUAAUGGAUAUUCAAAUAAUAUGCUAAUCUUUCUUUUGAUUUGUAGAUUUUUAAAAUGUUAAUCCCUAUUUAAGUAUUGUGUAUCCUGACAUUGUUUUGGAUGAUUUUACUCAGAUAUGCUAAACUUGAGAUUGUAUUUUUAGUAGCUGUAUAUAUUCCUUACUGACUUUUUAAAAAAAAAGAUCAUUGUAGGUAUUGAGUUGAUCUUGUUCGGGAAGCCAUUCUUUAAGAUCUGUAAAUGUACUUUGUUUUUGCAUAUGGUCAUCAAACAUAUUUUUCUUUCCAUCGGAAAAUAACAGUUUUAACCAUACAAAUUUACAAAAUUACACGUAUGAAUUAGCAGUGGAAACAUGAUAUUUUGUUGGGUUUUCAUUUUUUUCUUUUAACAUUUGGGAUCUGUGGAGAAUUUUGUUAUCAACAGCACAUUGACGUAGAAGAGUUAAUUGUUAGCUAGUGAAUCAUCAGUAAAGGCACCACUCAAAUACUUGAGUGACCACGUUCAUGUUAACUGAUCGAUCACUCACUCAGCUAACAAUAUCCAGUCAGCACUUGAUCUUCAGUUUGAGAACAGGUGCUUUGCAGGAGUGAGUUAAGUGAACAAAUGUUGUGAAGAUUCAUAAGAACCCGAGUUUGCUGAAACUGAUCACUAUUCUACGCCGUCAUUAUUCCAACAGAUUGUCAACAGCAGUUUACUUGACGUAGGUUUUGUCAUUUCAUUUACUUUCUUUUCCUUUGUCAUUUUACUCAUGAAAGUUGUACAUAAACAUUGCAACCAAUGUAGUGGCUAAGUUCAGUUUGGAUCUAAUAUACUCGUUAUGCAUUAUGAAGCAUGUGAUGUUCAUUUAAAAAAAAAAGGAUUUUGUAAGUCAUUUCAACUGUUCGAUUAUUGGACACCAAACUGGGCCAAGGGUCUAUGAUUACCAGCUUGUAACUUUAGAGACCAGUACCAAAUGUUUGAUAUUAAACCAUUUAAAAGAGAGGAAGAGUAAA